AUGGCCAGCAACAUCAUCGGCAACAGGAAUAGCACCCCGGAGGCGUCCAAAACCUCUCUUCGGCCGCCCAGCUCCAGGACUAUCGGCACAUCCGGUACCCAUACUCAAGCCGUCCGAACUUCAGCUGACAUGUCUUUCGCCUCUCCUCUCUCGUCACGUUCCAUACGCCCAGCCUCUGAGGUCUUAUACAACCAACAAUCUCAACAAGGCAGCAUGGACGAUUCAAGCAAGUUGGGAGAGCAGUGGAUUCAGGAUAUUGAACAAUAUGAAACCAUGUUGGAAGAGAUGGCUGCGGCGACUCUGGAUCAGGACUUCAAAGACGAGUUAAGCGCGAUCGAACAAUGGUUUCAAGUCCUGAGCGAGGCGGAGCGCACUGCUGCCACAUACGCCCUCAUCCAGCAGACCACGCAAAUGCAGCAACGAUUCUUUGCUCAGGUUCUGAACCAGAUGUCCAAAAGCCAUCCGAUUUCGGGCGUCCUCUCACCAGCCAAUUUCGGGGAAAAGGACGCAAUGUCCAACCGUCUGAGCGACGCCAUGUCCAAGUUGAAUGUGGACGAUCGGAGGACUUCUUUGACUCGACCACCGGUCUCCCCAGCCGGCAACAAGCGCAAUUCGGGCUUGGAUCAAUCCACCAUACAUGCAAUGUUUCCGGACGCUGUCGCCGCAAUUCAGCAGCAAAAGGCCGAAUACGCCCAACAAACAGGCAACCCGCCCCCUUCCAACAGAAACAGUACGGUUGUAGGAGAUCGCAGUUCCCUAGUGGCACCCACUAUAGCCGCUCCGAGAGAGUCCAAGGCAGAUGCCAUGAGCUGGCGGCAGGGCGGUGGAGAUACUCAACAGCCUCCGAUAUCGAGACCCAAGUCAUCAUCCGGCCAACAGGGGCAGCAUCAGCCGAUGGGCCAAUUUAGUCAACCUGCAUCGUCUGGUGGCCUUCGUUCUCCGCGUCCUCUAGGCGGCUCGGGCGGUAAUAUUCAGAGCACUACAUUGACCGCUCCGGACCCGGUAUCCAGCGAUAUGCCCCUUCUGUCCCCUUACAACGUGGGCAACCAGAGUUGGGCUUCGAUGACCAAUACCCCCAUGGUCCCGAACUUCAGCCAAGCUCAAUCCCAUACCGAAAUGGUGGCCAACGCUACCGCCAUGAAACUCGCCGCCUUGUCCACGGUCAACAACAGGAUUGCCCUGGACGACGUCAAGAAAUUUCGUCGUGCUCGGUCUAACGAACCUCAGCCACCGACACAACCACCGCUGACCCCUGGGCUUGCAGCUUCUGGCAUCCCGGGCAUCAAUACUAUCAUGGUAAAUGAUCACGGCCAAAUCCUCAAUGCUCAACAAGUUGCCGCCAUUCAAGCGCAGCAGAUCGCCGCUGCACAAGGACGCCGAUCUCGACCUAAUUCUCCUGGACUUCCAUUGCAGACGCCUCUCAGUCAAACCGCGUUUGCGUCUCCUCAACACAACGGAUUCUUGGCUGCAUAUGACGGCGCACCCAUCAUGAUCGGUGCAGGUAUGCCGGGGUUAGUCCCGCAAACAGGAAUAUUUGGUGGAGGCGGCGAAGGGUAUCUCUCCGAUCACUCGGACAUCACCCGGGGCAGGUCGCCCAGAGGACGCCGUGGGAGCUCCAAACCUCCUGAGGAUCCCACUGACCCCAAUCUGCUGAAAGAUAUCCCGACAUGGCUUCGAUCGUUGAGGCUACACAAAUACACUGACAACCUGAAGGACCUGAAAUGGGAGGAAUUAAUACAGCUUGAUGAUAAGGGCUUGGAAGCACGUGGUGUGAAUGCUCUGGGAGCGAGGAACAAGAUGCUCAAGGUGUUUGAGCAAGUCAGAGAAGCCCAAGCGGAAGGGAAGCUGUAG